AUGAAGUUCUCCGCUCUCCUCUUUGUCGCUGCCGCUGUCUUUGCAACAGCCAACGCUGUUCCCAAUAUUAUCCAAGCCCCAAACAUUUAUGGUCGAGAACUCCCUCCAGGCACAAGCUGUGAACAGAUCUCCAGCGAUUCAUGCAGUGUGUAUUCGAACUACUGCCGCCGGGACCAUCGUGGCAGAUGCCGCACUAUUCACCGGUCGUCACCCUAUGAUCCCUACAUUCCCAAUGAGCAAGCGGAAGGUGCUACCUCGUCACCCAACAACAAGACACAGCGUGUACAGCACCAAGUGGAUGAAGUAGUGAAUAUCAUGCAAGACAAUAUUGACCAAAUGUAUAAGCGUGGUGAGAACCUCAACUCGUUGCAAAACAAAACAGAGGAUUUGCAUGCAACAUCAUCCCAGUUUCGACGAGGUGCCAACCAAGUACGCAAGCGAAUGUGGUGGAAAGAUUUGAAAUGGAAGAUUAUUAUUGGCGUCACUAUUCUUGUUAUUUUGGGUGCUAUCAUCGGUUCGAUUGCCGGUACUCAGACGCAUAAGAAUGACGACAGUGGAUCCUCAUCUGAACCAGCUCCUUCGUCGUGA